AUGUUUCGAAGACCUGUAGUACAGGUGCUUCGUCAGUUUGUAAGACAUGAGUCUGAAGUAGCUAGCAGUUUGGUUCUCGAAAGGUCUCUGAAUCGCGUGCAGUUGCUUGGUCGAGUAGGUCAGGACCCUAUCAUGAGACAGGCGGCUCCCGAGGCAGCGGCGGCGGCGGCGGCGGGCUCCCGGGCCCCGCGCGCGCCCCAGGUCGGCCCCGCCCCCUCGGCUGCCCGCGAGCGCGCCCAGCCCGGCGGGUCCUCGCCGAAGCCGUCCGCCCGCCGCCUGCCCUCCGGGUGCCGGCACGGGCCGGGAGCGGAGUCGCCGCAGGUAAGCGGGGUCGCGGGGCCGGGUCCUCCCCGCAGUGAGGGGGUGGUGGGGAGGGGCGUCUCCAGCUCGGCUGCAGGCCGAGCCCCCUGCCUGCGCCCCCUGCGGGCGGGCGGGGAGACGCGGAGAAAUUCGGCGCCCCCGGCGCGCGAGCGGAGGGUGACUCCGGGCCCCCUCGCCCGGCCCUGCGGCGCGGAGGCGGAGCUGCGGUCCCGGAGACGCUCUGCCGCGCGGGUCCCGGCGGGGGAAGCGCCGCCGGAGGCCUCGUCUCCAUCCCGCCCCAAGGGCCUGGGGGAGGGGGCCCGGCACGUGAUCGCGGCGCGGCCGGGAAGUUGCUGUUAUUUCUCUGCGGCCGUUCGUUUUCCUCGCGUCUCCGCCUCCGGGCUGUGGACUGGAUCCCGAGUGUGA